UUUAACCUCUUUUCUUCUCUGAAAAAUUCACCAAUCCACAAAUCAACUCUCUCUCUAACCUAUCAACAAUGGCAACCACCUUCCUCUCCAAUUUCAAAUACUCAGAUAGCUUAACACUUGUUGGAAUUUCAAUAUGCACAGCAAUAAUAUGUGAAGCAAUUUCAUAUCUCUUAAUUUACCGUACAACUUCAUACAAAUCUCUCAAAUCCACAAUCGAUAAAGCUUCAAAAAAACUCGAAACAAUGAAAACAAACGAACCAAUCCCAUCAAUCCAAACAAAGAAAUCAAAAACCAAAAAAAUAGAUCGGGUCGAAACAUCCUUAAAAGAAUCGACCCGAGAUUUAUCGCUAUUUAAAUUCAAAUCAGGGUUUGUUGUUGCGGUUGUGUUGUUUAUGGUAUUCGGGUUUUUAAAUAGUUUAUUUGAAGGGAAAGUUGUUGCUAAAUUACCAUUUAUACCCUUUAAAAUUGUUCAAAAGAUGAGUCAUAGAGGUUUACCUGGUGAUGAUAUGACGGAUUGUUCAAUGGCAUUUUUGUAUUUUUUGUGUUCGAUUAGUAUAAGGACAAAUUUGCAGAAGUUUUUAGGGUUCUCACCGCCACGUGGAUCUGCUGGAGCUGGGUUGUUUCCAAUGCCUGAUUCAAAGACAAAUUAAUAGAUCUGUUUGAAUUUGGUGUUUUUCUUUUUUAUUUUAUAAUUGUUAAGAGACUAAGAGUAAUAAUCUUUUCUAGUUAAAGGUUGAGAGGCAAUCAUAAGCUUAUUUUUCUACUGUUAGAUUUGUAAUUCAUAAUUAGUACUUUGAUUAAUUUGAGUUGUAACUGAAUUCUGUUGAAUUAAUGUUUACUUGAUCUUUUGCUUA